GCCGGGCCCCCUCCUCGCCUUGAGGGGGCUUGGGUGGACCCCAGCCCCUUGUGAGGGGGUCGGGCCGGGCCCCCUCCUGGCCUUGAGGGGCUCAGGGUGGACCCCAACCCCUUGUGAGGGCUCUGGGCCCCCUCCUCGCCUUGAGGGGCUCAGGGUGGACCCCGACCCCCUGUGAGGGUCUCCCCGGCUGAACAUGCCCCUCUAAAACCGCCCACUCCUCUCCCAGCAAUCCCUGUAGCCCCCCCUCCACCUCUGCUCCCCUUUGGGGUGCUCCAGCAGGUUUACCCUGUGCCAGUGGCCUGGGAGGAGCCCCCUGCCCACCCCCCUCUUUUCCAGCGCGUUCUCAAGGGGUUUCAGGGCUUGGAAGUGCUGGGACAAGUGUGGCUGUGGGGAAGGUGUCCUGUUUUCAGUGGAAAACCUGGGGUUUAGGGGUUCACGGAUCAGGAAACCAUUUGUUUUCCCUCCCACAGGGCCCUGCCUGCUUUACAGAAUAUUUUUCGUCGCUUGGAUGCUUCAUUCUGAGCCACUAAUCCGAGCAGUACCUGAGCUAAUCCUUCGUUCCAGGCUGGUGCCACAGCCUGGGGGUCAGUGCUGCUGCCCAAGGAGCAGGUCAGGAGAGCCACCAGGUGCUGAUCCCGGGAGCAGCUUUCCCUGUGUCCGUGCCCAUGUCCCCGCUCUGAGCCCUCGCCAGGAUGAGGAUUGUGGUGGCCAAGGUGCUGUGCCUGCUGGGCAUCUGUGUGCUGGUGCUGGCGGGGGCCCUGCUGCCCGUGAGGGUCAUCGAGGCCGACCACGAGAAGGCCCAGCGCUCCAGGAAGGUGCUGGCCCUCUGGAAUUCCUUCGGAGGAGGGGUCUUCCUGGCCACCUGCUUCAACGCCCUGCUGCCAGCCGUGAGGGGCAAGCUGGAUGAAGUCCUCAAGCAGGGGAAUGUGACCACGGACUACCCGGUGGCCGAGACCAUCGUGAUGGUCGGCUUCUUCCUCACGGUCUUCGUGGAGCAGCUCGUCCUGAGCUGCCAGAAGGAGAAGCCCUCCUUCAUCGACCUGGAGACCUUCAACGCGGGCUCGGACGGCGGCAGCGACUCGGAGUACGAGAGUCCCUUCAUCGCCUCGCCCCGGGGCCGGGCCCUGUACGGGGAGCACGGGGGGCACCCCCCUCACCUGAGCCUGCCCGAGCUGUCCCGCUCCGGCCCCCUGCGCCUGCUGGGGCUGGUCUUCGCCCUGUGCACGCACUCCAUCUUCGAGGGGCUGGCCCUGGGGCUGCAGGAGGACGGCGGCAAAGUCAUCAGCCUGUUCCUGGGCGUGGCCAUCCACGAGACCCUGGUGGCCGUGGCGCUGGGCAUCAGCAUGGCCAGGGCCGCGCUGCCGCUCCGGGACGCGGCCAAGCUGGCCCUGGCCGUGUGCCUCAUGAUCCCGCUGGGAAUCGGCGUCGGGAUGGGCAUCCAGAGCACCCGGAGCGCCGCCGGCGACGUCGUGUCCCUGCUCCUGCAGGGCAUGGCCGGCGGCACCUUCCUCUUCGUCACCUUCUUCGAGAUCCUGGCCAGGGAGCUGGAGGACAAGAGCCAGCGGCUGCUCAAGGUGCUGUGCCUGGUGCUGGGCUAUGCCCUGCUGGCCGGGCUGGUGCUCAUCCCGUGGUGAGCCGGGAGCCUCGGGAAGCCAAGCUCGGCGGGAUGAGCCGCCCCUCCCGCUGCAGGGACGCCGGAGCUCCGCGGGCAGGGGGAACAGCCCGGCCCGGGGGUGUUUCCAUGAGUACCUGCAGGAGGAGGAUCUCUUCCCGUGCGCCCAGAGGGAGAUGAGCGAGGAACAUCCCAAGGGAUUGUCCCUGCCCGUGGGGCUGCGGAGAUCAGCUGGCACAAACAUUAAGGAUCUGGUUAAAGGCUGCUUCCGAGA